CCAAGGAAAAGUGUCAAUGGCUUCUUGUUCUUUACUUGUCAGGCUUUUUUCAGUCUUCUUGAUUAUCAUCUGCAUCUUCACACCACAAGCAGUUUCGGUAGUGCCGGAGGAAUGUCGAACCGAGACCGAUGGCUGCACCAACAAGGAAAAGGCCUUACCCCUCAAGGUCAUAGCCAUAUUCUCUAUACUGAUCACUAGUGUUAUCGGCGUGUGUUCGCCUCUGUUCACGAAUUCCAUCCCGGCUCUUCACCCCGACAGAGCUUUAUUCGUGAUCGUCAAGUGUUUCGCUGCUGGGAUCAUCCUGGCGACUGGUUUCAUGCACGUGUUGCCGGACUCUUUCGACAUGUUGUCGUCACGUUGCUUGAAAGAGAAUCCGUGGCACAAGUUUCCCUUCACGGGAUUCGUCGCUAUGUUGUCCUCGAUCGUGACUUUGAUGGUGGAUUCCAUGGCUACAUCAAUAUACAGCAAGAAAUGUAACUAUGAGAUCAAUCCGGAGGUCAGGGGAGAACAAUUGGAGAUGGCGGUAGUGGUGAAUGUCGGACUAUUUCACGGACACCAUCAUGGUUCAAAGCCCGCACCGGGAAACGCAAAUCAACAGUUGAUGCGCUACCGUGUGAUUGCCAUGGUAUUGGAACUGGGAAUUGUUGUUCACUCUGUGGUAAUAGGGCUUUCACUAGGAGCUUCCAACAACACUUGCACCAUUAAAGGUCUAGUGGCUGCCCUUUGCUUCCAUCAAAUGUUUGAAGGAAUGGGCCUUGGUGGUUGCAUUCUUCAGGCCGAGUACAAACCUUUGAAGAAGUUUAUCAUGGUGUUCUUCUCCGUAACAACACCGUUUGGGAUAGCAGUCGGAAUUGCUUUGUCCAAGACAUACAAAGAGAAUAAUCCGACCGCGUUGAUCACGGUUGGACUAUUGAACGCGUCAUCGGCGGGGCUUUUGAUUUACAUGGCUUUGGUCGAUCUUCUUUCGGCAGAGUUCAUGGGACCAAAGUUGCAGGAGAGCAUUAAGCUCCAAGUUAAGUCCUAUGCUGCUGUUCUCCUGGGUGCUGGCGGCAUGUCCCUCAUGGCCAAAUGGGCUUGAUCAUCUUCGAAACUCGAAAACUAUCCGGAGAGUGAUUUGGUGUAAUAGUAUAGGGAG